AUGGAUCGCAGUCAGAGCUUGCAGCUCCGCGACGACUCAACGGAUCAGUUUCUCAAGCUCAUUUCGAAUCCGUUCCAAUCGGAGUUCACCACUAGCUCCAUUUGGGCUUCGCUGGCCUAUUCCAUUGGUUUCUCCAUCGUCCUCGCUCUCCUCUUCUCCCUCUUCCGACCUCGUCACUCGCUCGUUUAUGCUCCCAAGGUCAAGCAUGCCGACUCCAAACAUGCCCCGCCGCCGGUGGGCAAGGGCUUCUUUUCCUGGGUGAAACCUGUCAUUAAAACCCGGGAGGAACAAUUGAUAGAAACUGUGGGCCUGGAUGCUGCCAUCUUCUUGCGAUUCAGCAAGAUGUGUCGCAAUAUCUUCAUCCUCGUUGGCAUUAUUGGUUGUCUCGUCAUGAUUCCGGUCAAUCUGUUUGAGAGCAAGGGUAAUGCCACUGCCUCGGAUUUGUCCACGUUGUAUAGGAUGACCCCGCUGUACAUCCAGACAGCGCCUCCCAUUUGGAGCCAGGUCGCAUGUGCAUGGGCAUUCGAUAUAAUUAUUGCAUACUUUCUUUGGAGGAAUUACCGCGCUGUCCGAGCCUUGCGCCGAAAGUACUUUGAAAGUUCGGAUUAUCAGCGUAGUCUGCAUGCGCGAACUCUCAUGGUCACCGACAUUCCGUCAGCAGACCGCUCUGAUGAAGGUAUCUUGCGACUCACGGAUAAGGUCAACCCCACCGCUGCUUUGCCUCGCGCUGCAAUUGGCCGAAACGUGAGGGAUCUCCCGAGCAUCAUUAAAGAGCAUGAAGAUGCUGUACGAGAGCUAGAGUCUAUUCUCGCCAAAUAUCUGAAACGCCCUGAUCACUUGCCUGCGAAACGACCCCGUAUCCGCCCACCCCGCAGUCAGCGCGACAAACACCCCGAUGGUAAAGUUGACGCCAUUGACUACUUGACGGUGCGCAUUCGGGUCCUGGAGGAACAGAUUAAGCACGGCAGAGCAUCUAUCGACCGACGUGAUGCGAAGCCAUAUGGUUUUGCUAGCUGGGAGAAUAUCGCGCAUGCACAUGCAGUCGCUUGGACAGCUCGCAAGAAACACCCCAAAGGCACUACGAUUAGACUUGCGCCUCGACCUAGCGAUCUUAUCUGGGAAAAUCUGCCACUUUCCAAAGCCUCCCGCAAAUGGAAGCGAUUCGUAAACUUCAUCUGGGUUACUCUGCUGACCCUGAUAUGGAUUGUUCCUAACGGUUUGAUCGCGGUUUUCCUGUCCAAUUUGAACAAUUUGGGUCUGGUGUGGCCGGCUUUCGAGACUCAGCUCGAGGCCAACCCAAAGGUUUGGGCUGCUGUGCAGGGUAUUUUGUCCCCUGCUGUAACCUCAAUCGUUUACCUUGUGCUUCCCAUCCUUUUCCGACGUCUCUCGAUCCAAAGCGGUAGCAAGACGAAGACUUCUCGCGACCGAAAGGUCAUGGGUCAGUUGUAUGCAUUCUUCGUAUUUAACAAUCUGAUUGUUUUCUCGCUCUUCUCAGCCGCUUGGACCUUCGUAUCGACUGUCAUUGAAGAUACCGAUAACAACGAAAACGCCUGGAAGGCUAUCCUUGAAAGUCAAUUCUACAGCAAAAUGAUCAGCGCAUUGUGCAACGUGUCUCCAUUCUGGGUAACCUACCUCCUACAACGCAAUCUCGGCGCAACUAUCGACCUUGUUCAGUUGAUCAGCUUGGUCAAAGUUUGGUUCUCCAAGUCAUUCCUCUCGCCUACACCUCGUCAAACGAUUGAGUGGACUGCGCCCCCUCCUUUCGACUAUGCCAGUCAAUACAAUUACUUCCUGUUCUACUCCACUGUUGCGAUGUGCUUUGCCACAUUGCAGCCAGUCGUGCUACCCGUCACCGCCCUUUACUUCGGCGUGGAUGCCAUUCUCAAGAAGUACCUCCUCAUGUACGUCUUUAUCACCAAGAACGAAUCCGCAGGUGCAUAUUGGCGUGUAGUCUUUGAUCGCAUGAUCUUCGGUACAAUGCUUGCCAAUGUCAUUGUUGCUCUAGUUGCUAUCGACAAGGGAACCUGGACCAUGGUGUUUUGCGUCGUUCCACUCCCUUUUCUCCUUUUGGGCUUCAAGUUCUAUUGUUAUCGAACCUUCGAUCCAGACUGCGAGUACUACAACCGCGCCAACCUGAACGAUGCCGAAGCCAUCGAUAUCUCCAAAUCUAGCAAAAAGGCCGGAGACCGUCUGAACUCCAAGUUUGGUCACCCAGCCCUGUACAAACUACUCAUGACUCCUAUGGUACACGCCCGCGCUGCCGAGGCACUAAAGCAGAUCUACCAAGGUCGUCUCGAUGGCGGCGAAAUGGCAGGCGAGUACUCCGAUAUCGCCAUGAAGCCAAUGAUGUCCACUCAACCCGGCAAGGCCAACGACCCAUCCGCACCAUUCGAGGUCGUUCCAGAAAACCACCUGGAUUUCUCGUACUACAAGAACCGCCCAGACUUCCGCGACGAGUUUGGUGGAGGAAUCUACGGUCGUCCGGAGGAUCUGAUGACCGAGCGCUCACAAACACCGCGCAGCCAUCUGGGCGGCGAAUGGUCACCCAGCUCAUCGCGUGCUUCCUCUCCCGCACCCUCAUUACCAUCUAUUUCUGGUCUCAAAGUCAACGAUGGAUACGAGCCUGGUGAGAAUGCGGGACUCAUUCACCCGGCUUUCCGUGUUCCACUUUCGCGGGGCGAUAGUGGUAACGGCACUGGAGGCGGAUUCUAUCAGCAAUCCAACGAGAGUGAAACGAGACUGCUUAGUAGUGCGCAAACACCCGGGCAGGUUGAUUCUAAUCCGCUUGAUCGAUGGCGUACGGGAGGUACUGGAUAUGGUCCUGUUGAGCAGCAAGAACAUGAGGAAGAAAAUCCAUACAACUAUACCUCUUAUGACGCCUAUCGGCACCAGCGAUAA